CUGUACUACAGGCCGUACAGCACUGUAUACCUCACCCAUACCUCCCAUACCUCUCAUACCUGUAUAGCUGUGCUCUAAUACUACGCAAUGCCAGACAUGCCAUACAAUGGCCAUACAAUUGCAUCACUGCUCACAACAAUACACAACACUCUCAUCGCGUCCUAAGUAUUGGCCAUUCAUUACGUAAUAGUUGUCUCGUUUGAAGCGAUGAUCACGUGUUCAAUCAAUUAAUCGCUAUUCAUCUUAUAUUAGAGUUGAUUGUAUUGAUUGCUAUAUUCAUUGAAUAGCAGUAAUCGUGUUAAUAGUGUUAUAGUGUUGUGUUAUAUGGAGUUUGUGGACAAAGUGUGAUCACUAGUGAUGGACCCGUUUAUGCAUCCGAUGGCGGCUAACACUCAAUCGGCGAGCGGUGGCCAGCAUUCAGGUAGUGGUCAGAGCAGUGGUCAGCCAUACGUCCGUAUUGUUGAACAACCGGCCAAAUGUGCGCUCAGAUUCCGGUACGAGUGUGAGGGCCGAAGUGCCGGCAGUAUUCCCGCCUCAACCGCCACCGCAGACAACAAGACUUACCCCACUAUUCAGGUCUGCAAUUAUAAGGGACAGGCAGUGGUGGUCGUGUCGUGUGUGACCAAAGACACCCCCUAUCGACCGCAUCCACACAACUUGGUCGGCAAAGAGGGCUGCAAGAAGGGUGUUUGCACCAUGGUCAUCAACAACCACGACAUGAUCCAAUCAUUCACUUCUUUAGGCAUUCAAUGCGUCAAACGCAAGGAUAUUGAAGACAGCCUUAAACUCCGCGAAUCCAUUAAAGUCGACCCCUAUCGCACUGGUUUUAGCCACAAAUCUCAGUCAUCGAGUAUCGACUUAAAUGUGGUUCGACUUUGUUUUCAAGUGUUCAUCGAAGGGCCAGAAAAGGACAAAUUCACUGUUCAAUUGCCGCCAAUAGUUUCCGAUCCUAUUUAUGACAAAAAGGCGAUGACGGAACUGAUAAUAACCAAACUAUCGCACUGUUCGGCGCCGUGUAGUGGAGGCAAAGAAGUGAUACUACUGUGUGAUCGGGUGACCAAAGACGACAUACAGGUGCGCUUCUUUCAGGAACACAACGGACAAGUGGUUUGGGAUGCGUUCGCCGACUUUGGGCCCGGAGAUGUCCACAAACAAGUGGCCAUUUGCUUCCGGACACCGCGUUAUUAUAGCGAAAACCUGACACAAGCCGUGUCCGUUCAGCUUCAACUGCGACGCCCCUCUGAUGGUUGUCUAUCGGAUGCCCGGGUUUUCCAGAUUUUGCCCAAAGAAGUAGAUCCGGACGGACUCACCCGUAAGCGCCAGAAGAUUGACGAAGGCUUCGAGCGAUUCUUGCGCGACAAUUCUUUGAGUGUGAGUUCGCCUCCGACUACUACCGCCCCGACAGGUAUUGCCAGUCCGGUGUCACCCAAGCGUGAAGUGAUUCAUGUGCCCCGAAUCACUAACAAUAUUAAAUUGGAACCAUUGAAUACAAUACAAGAUACUCAACAAUUACAAGCAUUAAGUACAUCAUCAAUGGCACAAACUUCAUGGUCGGCCAAUCCCUCGCAAUUCAUUUCAUUAUCACAAAUACCGCAACAAAUUGGACCUCAAAUGGAUGUACUUUUAUCCCAAGAAUACAGACAACCGCCGCAAAUAUCAUCGCAGCAAUCGUCACAAACCCUAUCCCAGUGCUCAACACAAUCCGAGUUUUUAUUGCCUAACAUUCCCAAUGCAAUUGAUAUGAACGCAACCAAAUCGUCCAAAGGGUCCACUACUUUGACUCAACUCUUGACAGGACAGUCAGCACUGGUAGGCAUCGAUCUGAAUACUGGCUUUACCUUCAAUAACGCCAAUAUGAUUAACACGAGUAAUACGAAUACAAAUACGAGUAAUAUGAACGCAAAUGCAAUACAAAACGUUACCACAAAUUGUAAUACAAUAGCAGAUGAAGUGAUGGAAAAAUUUGAUUCAUUAGGACUGGAAGGGAUCGACACAUCGGAACUGUUACCAGACAUUAACUUCAAUUCAUUUAACUCGACGAUGAUGUCCGAUAUCAUGGGCUCCGGACCUAUCAUUGGAUCCAUUGGUAAUUCACGCGAGAAUUUACUUAAUUCUAGAGACAAUAUUCUAGUGACGAGUACUCUCCAGACACCCGAUGUUAACACAAUUACUGAUAACUCACGUAAUCUUAUGUCAAAUCCACAGCAAAUGCAGAGAUUGCAGACAAAGCUCAUCACUUUGGGAUCCAAUCGCAACAUUAAUGAUGAUAUUAACGACAAAAUUAAUAACAAUUGA